AUGUACUGGUACAUCUCCUUCCUCCGCCCCCCGCCAGUCGGAGUCACCCUCCCCAGCAACGGCGUGGUUAUCACCCCGCAAGUCGCCAAUGACCUGCGCACCGAGCUACGCGACGAACCCACUCCCAUCUCCUAUGUCUGGCACCGCGUAGCCCCGCCUCCAACUGCCAAGCCUGGAGAACGCGUCGCUCAGCCUCUGAUCACCAAGCCCGCCGAACUCACAACCUUCGAGCCCCCGGCAUCCACAUACCGCCCCGUCACCGUACCGCUGCCGCGAUCCGCACGUGCAGGCGAAAGAUGGCGGCUCGGGUUGCUGUCUCCGCCCCACCCGCUUGAGGCGCCCCUCCUCUCGCUUAUGGAAAGCAGCGUGCCAAUAAUGGGUGUGUGGAGCGAGAGCAUCGAGCUGCGAGCGGGGGAGCCAUCACAGGCUGGGCCAUUACGCGGCGUCGGGGCCAACAAGAAAGAGAAAGGCAAAGGCAAAGGCGAGGAGGAUGAGAAGAAGGGCAAAGGGAAGGAGAAUGGAAAGGCCAAGGAAGAGGCAAAGCAGACUCGCAUCACACGCGCGUGGCCCUUUGCAGACGGGGAACUGAAGCUCGUUGAGCAGAUGAGCUUCGACCUUGACAAAAAAGUCUGGGACUCGGGACUGGCCCUCUCGUCGUGGCUUUAUCACUGGCUCAAAGAUGGCUGGCAACGGGGCCGCCAUCCAAAUGCGCAUGCACACGAGAUCAUCGCCAACCUUCGCGCAGCGCGGACACUGGAGCUUGGCAGCGGGACCGGGCUGGUCGGCAUCACGCUGGGCCUGAUAGACCGGAAGGCCCAAGUCACCGCUACGGACCUUGACUCGGCGAUGGAAAUUAUGAACGAGAACGUCACGCUGAACGGGGUUGGACACUUGGUGAGAGCCGAUGUGUUAGAUUGGGACGCGCCCCUGCCGCCCUGGGCGGUGAACAUCCGAUUCGUUAUCGCUGCCGACGUGACGUACAACACGGCAUCGUUCCCGGCAUUGGUGGACACGUUGGAGCGGCUGCUGAAAGCCCAGGUGGACGCAGGUCCGCCGAGGCUCCUCCUGGCAUACAAGCAGCGUGACGAGGGCGAGCGUGAGCUGUGGACAAUGUUGAAGGAUCGGGGGAUCGGGACAGUGCUCGUGGACACGUUGCAGGGCGCAGAGGAUCGCGGCGAGAUCGAGAUCUGGGUGGGGGGCGUGGGGAUAGCAUAG